AUGCCUCCUAAGAAGACCGCCGCCGCUGGUGCUAAGAAGGGCAAGACUUCGGCGUACAACAAGUACAUGAAGGAGCAGCUCGCCAAGCUCAAGACUGAGAAACCUCAGCUCGCACACAAGGAACGCUUCAAGCUGGCUGCUACCUCAUGGGCUGCCUCCAAGGAGAACCCCAAGAACAAGGCUUGA